AUGGCCACGAUAGUGGCUCUAAACGGAGACUCAGCCGACGCCGGCCUACCUGGCAUUCUGCCUACGGCCCGUAACACCACCGCAACCUUCGUCACCCCUGGACUACACAUGGUGGAGCGAUCAUCCCUGGAGAACAUGUUAGCAAAUCACACCUACGAUGGUGUAGACGUCGAUUGUGUGUACAACACGCGCGCCUGGACAUUCCAGGAACGAUUACUAUCCAACCGGAGCAUAUACUUCCUCGGUGAACAGGUGUAUUUUCACUGCAAGAAGCAGCUUCUGUGCGAAGACAGGUACAUUAGCGAUGACACCAGCUUCUACACCCUGGACAAGAUGCGUACGACCAGCACAGAACUGAAAUCCAAGACUGCUCGAGCUGGCACAUAUAGUCCACUGGACGAUUUUCGUUGGUACGAAGAGAUCAUCGCAGAAUACACGGCAAAGAAGAUGGGGUACCCGGACGAUAUCAUUAAUGCUUUCACCGGCAUUCAAACUAUGCUAACUCGCAUGUUUGAUUGGCCAUUUGUCGGCGGCCUCCCGACUCCCCUUCUGGAUCUCGCAUUACUUUGGACCCCUGUCACUACCAUCGAGCGGAGACUGACAGCCUCGCAACAGCCAAGCUGGAGUUGGUCGGGCUGGGUUGGGCGAGUCCGAUACGCAGACCUGGUGCGCCCAGGGCAUAGGCCGAUAAGCUCGUUGUUCAAGCCGCUCGCCAAACAUCAGCUCGCCAUGCCAGCUACGAUUGUGUUCGAGUGUAUGAGCGUCCCUCUGAAAGCGUUCGAACUCUCCAAGGCUCCAAAGGGGCUCUUUGACCCAUUCCAGAGCACAUCUAGCCCCAUCACCGAAGACUCAUACUACGUCUUUGACAGCAAUAAACGUCGCUGCGGCAUGCUCAUAGGCCUUCCGCAAGAGCAUGUGCCUUCCAUCGCCAGUAUGGGCCUGAAGCUCCUUGCACUGUCAGCGUGGAAGUCGAACAACAGUCUCACGAAGAACGGGCCAGUCAUCUCUCAUCUCUCGGAUAAUGGAUAUUUCUCAGACGAAGAGGUGUACGAUCAAGCUCUCCGCGAUGCAGAGUGGUGUACUUACAACGUCAUGCUCGUUCGCUCCGUAGGCGACGCAUAUGAGAGGGUCGCAAUGGGACAGAUGCACUUAGACGCGUGGCAUGGAGCGGGUGAGACGCGGGGAAGGUUCGCGGUGAAUUGA